AUGUCUAAAGAGGGCAGUGCUUUAUGGUCACCUUUUAAAACAACUAAGGAAUUCAUUGAAAAAGAUUAAAAGAUUACAAAAGGAUUCAUUUAAGGGGCAUUGUUUGCAGUUGCAGGUUAUGGAGUGGGAUUCUUGUUAUUCAAAGGUAAGACACUGAGAGGCUUUAGUGCUGGCACUGCAGCAACUUGGAGAUUCAGAGAUUAGAUUGAAUAAUGA